AUGGCGGCCCCAGACACUUCUUCGUUUACCGACUCGGCCCAGGUCUUCGCCGCGCACACCUUACCCCAGAUCCGCGCCAUUCACAAAAGCCUCCAUGUCCAGAUCGACGAGAAAUCCGCGCGUCUGCGCACUCAGGUCGGAAACAGUUAUAGAGAGUUGCUAGGAACAGCAGACACUAUCGUGCAGAUGCGGGGGGACAUGCUAGCUGCCCAGGAUAUCCUAAACCAUAUGGGUGGUAUGUGUGGGCGCACCAUUGUCGGCGCAAAGGUCUCGGGGCUGAGUAAGUUUCGCGGCAGGGAGGAUACCGAGGCGCAAUUAAGUCAGAUCGCGAGGGUUAAGUUGUUGAAUGCGUGCGGACUUACUAUCGGGCGCCUAUUGAAGCAGAGUGGAGAGGGCAGAGGAGAUCGGUUGGUUCUAGCAGCUAAGGUCCUCGUCUUGAAGCGAUUGCUAGUCUCGAGCUUCGGGUCCGAUAACGAUGUUGGCGAGGAUAUUCAGGCCAUAUUUGACGGAGCGAAGAAGAGCCUGAGUAGCUUGCGGAGGAGACUGCUCAGGGCAGUCGAGAAGGUAUUGGAGAAGAUUAGUGAUGAGGUCGAUCGAGGUGAUAUUUUAAAGGCUUUGACUGCAUAUAGCUUGGCCUCCAGCUCUGGUGCGAGAGACAUCCUGCGUCAUUUUCUAAGUGUUAGAGCAGAAGCUAUAACAUGCGAAUUCGACCUCGGGGACCACGAGAAGGAAAGAGACGCUAAUAGCGUCUUAAAAGGUCUCGACUUGUAUACGAGGACUUUACUAGACGUCCAAGCCUUGAUACCAAAUAAGCUCUCGGACGCAUUACUCCAACUUAAAAAGCAGCACUUGUUGGCAGAUGAGUCGCUUCAGGGGCUAGAGGGUCUCCGGCUGGAUAUAUUCGAGAAAUGGUGCGGAGAUGAAAUACAAUUUUUCACCCCAUUCAUCCGGCAUGACGACUUGGAGGGUAAACAGGCCAGAGAAAUGCUCACGAACUGGGCGACUAAAGGUGGAGAGACUCUCCUCCGGGGUCUGAAGAGUACCCUCGAACACGUUUCCGAGUUCAAGACCAUUGUGGAUCUGCGAACAAGCGUUCUUCAGCACUGGAUCAAGGAUGGUGGAAAAGCCAGGGGUUUCGAUCCAUCUGUUUUACUCAACGGACUACGAGAGGCUAUUGACGAUCGACUGUUACAAAUUCUUGAGAACAAAGUGGCUAAGCUCAAGCUUGUCGGAUCCGAGGUCACUGCGACGCUCGACGCAUGGCAGCCUGGUACUACCGACCAGCGUCGCAGCUUAUGGGAUGAAGAGACGUUGGAAAUGGACGUCUCGAGCAGUGCUAACCAGAUCACUCACGAAGUUACAUCUCGCCUGUACGGACGAAACGAUGCGGUGGCCCGAGUAGUCACAAGCUACGAAUCGUGGCACCAUCUUAUAGACAAUGUUGGUGAUUCGAUCGAACAGCUUAAACGUCAACGCUGGGAUAACGAUGUAGAUGAGAUAGAGGACGAAGAUGUUAUUACAGAGCGCCAAAAACUAUUAAGCAAAGACGAUCCCGAGUUGUUACAAAAUAAGCUUAAUGGAGCCAUCACUGCCGCGUUUCAAGAUCUCAAUGAGCACCUGGCAACCGCCUGGAAGUCCAAACUAGAGAGCACAGACAAUGGCCCUAUUUCAAUGUACAUUUUAAGGAUUCUUAGGGAUAUUCGUGGCGGAUUGCCUAAGCUUGAAGGUGUCAAGUCUUUUGGCUUAGAAAGCGUUCCAUCCCUACAUGAGAAGCUCGCAGCUUAUGUUUCAAUAUCACCCCUUGAAGAGUUCGCCUCAACAGCUCUGACACGCAAACGGGUGGCUGGACGAGCUCUAUGGGAAGGGGAACCUGCCUUGCCGACUCAACCGUCCCCCGGCACGUUUAAACUCUUACGAAAUCUCAUCAUGGCCAUGGGAGACGCCGGCUUGGACCUCUGGACGCCAACUGCUGUGAAUGUUCUGAAGCGAAUCUUCGGUAGACAACUUGUCGAAGUAUGGCGCAAGGAACUUAGCAAUUCGGAAACAGCAAACAGCCAAGAAUUAGAUGAGGCAAGCGAGGAAAAGCAAUCAGCGGAAGAAACAGAAGAGACAGAGGGGACAGAGGAGAACCCUACAGAAACGACUACAGAAACCAAUGAGGGUCCAUCAGCGAAGGAAGAGUCAACCGAGGUGAAGCCUGAAAAGAGCAAGGAGGUUCUCAUUCAAUGGCUAUAUGAUAUUCACCUUCUCCAACAAUGUCUUGGCACCGACGUCUACUCGGAAGACUCGUUUAAGGAAUUCACAGAGGAGGUGUUUAAUAGAACUGGAUUAGAGAGUACUGCUAAAGACAGACUAGAAAAGGCAUCUCAAGAAUAUUGGAAGAGGACAAGCUUGCUAUUCGGACUGCUUGCAUGA